AUGCAGCCCACAGCCACCAUGGCCACAGCGGCUGCUGCCUCCACGGUGGCGCUGACCACGUCGUGGGACAACGCCACCGGCCGGCCCACGGCGGAACCUGACCCCCUUCUGGACAACUACGUGCUGCUGGUGGUGGUCGUGUCCCUUCUGGUGGGGGGCACUCUGGUCGUGCUCUCAGGGGUGCUACUGCUCUGCAGGCGCUGCUGGGAGGUGCACCGGAGGGUCCACAGAGCCAUGGACGAAGCUGAGAAGGCCACCAGCAGCUACCUGGACAACGGUGCCCAUCCGGCCCCAGACCCCGACUUGCGGGGUGAGGACCCCGAGGGCCAGGAUGCAGAGACUGAACGCUUCCUGUCCACUACUGCCACUGGCCGCCGUGUCUCCUUCAACGAGGCGGCCCUGUUUGAGCAGAGCAGGAAGGCUCAGGACAAGGGCCGACGGUACACCUUGACGGAGGGCGACUUCCACCACCUGAAGAACGCUCGGCUCACCCACCUGCACCUGCCGCCACUCAGGAUUGUCACCAUCCACGAGUGUGACGCAGGCGAGGCCAGCGCGGCCCCUGCGCCCCACCCGGCCAGCGCCCCCAAGGCGACCCUCGCCAUCUUCCAGCCCCCGGGGAAGGCCCUCACCGGCCGCUCUGUGGGCCCCAGCUCCGCCCUGCCAGGUGACCCCUACAACUCUGCCAUGGGCGAUGUGGACUUUGUGGAGAUCAGCCCGUCAGUGUCCAGCGACUCCGGGGAGGGCACCUCGCUGGAUGCAGGUGCUCGGAGCGCCAAGGCCAGUGGGCCAGGGGCCACAGCAGGGCCUGCCGAGGCAGGUUCUGGUUCGGUCCUGCAGUUCCUCACUCGUCUGAGGCGCCACGCCAGCCUGGACGGGGCCAGCCCCUACUUCAAGGUGAAGAAAUGGAAGCUGGAGGCCAACCAGCGGGCGUGCAGCCUGGACACAAGAGGUUCACCCAAGAGACACCACUUCCAGCGGCAGCGGGCAGCCAGCGAGAGCAUGGAGCAGGAGGGGGCUACCCCACACGCGGACAACAUCCAGUCCAUCGCCAGGGCUGGUGAUGCUGUGGCCUUCCCAUCCCCCCGCCCCUUCCUGGCCAGCCCCACCAGCCCGCCCCCCGCUCUCGGCAGGCUAGAGGCCGCCGAGGAGCAGGGCGCCGCGGGAGGAGCCAGCCCCGAGUCCCCCCCGGAGCCCCCCGAGCAGCCGCAGGAUUCGGACGGUGAGCGGGACACGGGGCCUGAGCAGGCCGUCUACAACGACAUCUGGAGCCUGCGCGCGUCCCUUGAGCUGCACGCGGCCGCCUCGGACCACAGCAGCAGCGGCAACGACCGCGACUCGGUGCGCAGCGGCGACAGCUCGGGCUCGGGAGGCCCGCCGCCCGCUUUCCCCGUGGACGGCCCGCCCCCGCCUGCGCGCAUGGUGUGUGCGCCCGACGACGCGGCUGCAGCUAUACCGGUCAUCGAGGAGGAGCCCGGCGGCGGCGGCUGCCCCGGCUCCGGCCUAUGCGUCCAGCCCUCGGAGUCACUGCUGCACAAGCUGGCAGCGGGCCUCGAAGAGAGACUCUUCCCUCCACCCCUCCCCCAGCCCAUCGCCGCUGCCCCGGUGCUGGCUGCUGCCGCCCCCACGUCCCCGGAUCACAGCCCGGUCUAA